AAAAUUGUCCAAUCAAAACCAAUUUUUUCUUUUCAAAUAGAAACGACAAAUAGCAUGCUAUUGAAUUAUUUUUCGAAUAUUUCUUUUCGUGUUGUUAACGGUAAAAAUCGUUGUGGAAAGGGGACAAACAGGCCCUCUCUUAUCUAAUCCGACGAGUCCCCCGCUACUCGGCUCCCCUAUCGAAGUUGUCAGCCGAGAAUUGGGAAUUGGAAUGAGAUUUGUGUCGGAACUGGAAGUACGUCCGUCUCGUGCUCAUUAUCCGCGGGACGAGAGACGCUUCGCCCAAUCCGACGAAAACGUCUCCGUCUGCUGAGCGAACCGGUUUCGACCGCUGGCCGGGCCCGGUAUCUCGAUUCUCCUUUCAAAAUGAUUCCACCCAGAAUUAAAAUAUUCUGAACAUCCAAACGAUAGACUAGCAAAAUGGGACGAAUCAACAAAAAUCUACUGCCGAUAAAGGCUCACUUUUUCUUCUUCAUGUCAGCCAUGGGCCCAAUCUUACCGUACCUGCCAGUGUUUGGGAGGAUGCUCGGUAUAUCAGAGCUGGCCAUUGGUACGAUUAACGCCGUUUUGCCGAUAGUCAACAUCGUGAUUAAACCAAUAUUCGGCUAUUUGCUCGAUUUCUUCAACAAUAGCAGAAAACUCAUUUUCAUCCUUGUUCUCCUCUUUACCAGUGUGAUAUUCCUCUCUAUGACUUUUAUCCCACAGGACCUGAAAUUAGUUGAAAAUAUGGAAUGCAAUAAAUUGCCAAUUUGUGAAGGAGAGAUCACACAAGCUGGUAAAAGUAAACCAGGUUUUACACGUGAAUUUUGCAUCUGGGAGUGCCCCCGGGAGAGCGUCAAACUCCAUGUUUUAAUUUCCAGGGAUAAUAAGACGUGCUCGAUUGGAAAAAGGUUGCAGUGUGCAGAUAAGGAAGUGUGCAAGUUGAGAUGCCGGGAUCAUAAGUCUGGGACAUACCUCAGUCCACAAUUCUGGCUAUUUGUCAUAUGCAUAGCCCUGGGGAAUGCAGGCUUUGCCGUUUCCAACUGCCUCAGCGAUGUGAUAUGCUUCGAUCUCCUUGGCGCUGGUGGUGAAAAUGCUUACGGCAAGCAAAGAGUGUGGGGCUCGAUUGGAUUUGGGCUGGUAGCAUUCUCCGGAUCGUUACUUCAUUAUUUGUACAGCAACACAAACUAUACUUCAACAGACUACAUGCCUGCUUUUCUUUUGGCGACAUUUUGCAUGAUCAUUGAUUUAUUAUGCUGUACUAAACUGAAGCUGCCGGCAUUGCCAAAGUCCUCAGGUAUCAUGAAGGAUGCACUACAAGUGCUGAAGAAGCCCCAAGUUGCCGUCUUUAUUGUUUUCGCCGUAUUUAUUGGAAUUUGUGACUCUUGCGUUAUAUUUUUCCUCCUUUGGCAUUUAGAAGUCUUAGCAGAAUCGACUGGCUACUCGAGCAGCAUUGUUCUGCUUGAGGGGAUUGUCAUCGCCGUUGAGACCCUCUGUGGAGAAGUUGUAUGUUUUUUCUUUGCAGGUAAGGUGAUAAAGAAGGUCGGCCAUGAAAAUUGCAUUACUCUUGGGUUUGCAAUUUAUGUAAUUAGGUUUUUCCUUCUGGCAUCUAUUCCCACGCCGUGGUGGUCGGUACCUAUCGAGCUGUUUCUCCAAGGUCCAACUUAUGCGCUGCUUUACAACACAGUAGUUGCUUACGCUAGCAUAGUCGCACCUCCUGGGACCUCAGCCACUGUGCAGGGGCUUGUAGGAGGAAUGGAUGACGGGCUAGGCUUUGCGAUUGGAAAUCUACUUGGCGGAAUUAUUUUAAAACUAUAUGGUGGACAGACAUUGUUCUACACAGCUUCCGGAUUUGCUGCGUUCUGCUGUCUCCUUCACUCUGUUCUAAACAAAAAAACACGCGAAUGUGUUGUGAUAGGCAAGGAAAAUGUUGAGGCUCAAAAAUCUGUUCUGCUUAAAGAGAAUUCCGAUGUCAUUGUUUCUCUUUUAUCAAAGAAUGCCCCAACGGAAAAAUUGACUUCAUCAAAAGAAGGAAAUACAAUCGAAGAUCUGUUGAACCAAGAAAGCAAGUUGAAGCACUCUGAAGGAGGGGACAUAAGUUGAAACGUGAAGAGUUCAAGCUUGGGUCCGAAAUCAGUUUGCAAUAUUUUUCCAAUUUUUUAGACUGAUAUAAUGCCAUAGAAAAUUAUGUGAUCUCUCA